UUGGCGUUCCCUUCCCACCAUUCGCAGCGUUCAGUGCAGUGCGGUUGUGGCCAGUGGUGGUUGUUUCGUUCGAUUGCUGCUGCGCUUUUUCUCGGUCAUUGUGUUUCGGCUUGUCUAUUGAUUCGUUAUUUCAUUCAGAAAACAAGUUCCGAAAGAAUAGUGCGGCUCAAAGUGGUUAGACGUCUCAAUAUCACGGUUACCUGUGUUUAGGGGUAACACCUUUAUUUCCAUCUCCGAUAAAUAUAAACCUGCCUGUGGACAAGAGAAAAAAAAUCUAGUUUCGAAAGGGAAAAGCUGCUGCUGGUGUUUUGCUGUCCACUACGAGCGGACAAUAUAUCGAGCAAGGUGUUAUAGUUAUACAACAAAUAUAAUUUCUCAAGUGCCGACAAAAUUAAGUGAAUUUUUACCAACAAAUGCAGCCUCUCGAUUCCUCGAUAAGAAAAGUGUUAUAUUUUCGAAGAAACAAACCUCGUCGCCGUUCGUAGUGGAUAUUUAGAUCGCUGCAGUAUUGAGAAGAUGCCAAAUUGGGAAGAAAUACGGAUGUGAUUGGCCGCAGAGCAAAAUUUCAGUGAUGGAUAUUUAAUGUGGCCAGCAGAGACGGCCCAAUUUCAUUAUCUCUCCUCACUCCGGUAAAAUGUGAACGUGUGUUUAAUUAGUUUUACGAAACCAUCCAGCAUUGAAUGACUUUGGGGGUACAACAGCCCUGGAAGCGGUGUGGGAGGACGCGUGAUUGAAAUUUCCUCAAAUCUACAGUGAAGUUCGACUGGGCGCUCCUCCGAAAGGAAUGCUCGUGAGGAUGGUGUACAAUUCCGUCCGAAACAUGACAAAGGCGAGAAAUUUUGCGUUCCUAAUCGUGGUCGCACUUUUGGUGUUUGCCAUACUUUCACUGCUGAGCAAUACCUCGUCUGCUGCCUCAGAUGACGUCAACAAAGAAUACUCAAUCGUGCCCGAAAAUGACACUAUGGCGCUGUGCUUCGAAAGCUUGCAAGACACCCGCAAACUAUUGUACAGCUCCACAGACAACGAUAACGACAUUGAACCAGAGCCGAUCAUCUACUUUGUAACGCCAACCUAUCCCCGGAGGGAACAGGUUGCGGAAAUCACCCGUCUCGGCCAGACACUGAUGCACAUUCCCUAUCUUCACUGGAUAGUGGCAGACGAUACGUCCGUGUGCAACAACUUCCUCAACAAUUUGCUUAAAAAAUUUGGCAUUCCCUAUACACACAUUGCCAGCCCGAUGCCCGAGUUUUAUCGCACCAAGAAGCUUGUUCCUCGUGGUGUAGCCAACCGGCGAGCAGCACUAGCAUGGAUACGUAACAACAACAAGAAGACCGGUGUGCUGUACUUUGGCGACGAUGAUAACACCUUCGACUUGAAGUUGUUCAGUGAAAUUCGCAGCACGAAAAAAGUAUCCAUGUUUCCGGUAGGGCUCAUCGGUGAUUAUGCCAUCAGCACCCCGGUGGUGAAGCAUGGAAAAGUCGAUGGUUUCUUCGACUCGUGGCCUGCGAAGCGGAAGUGGCCCGUGGAUAUGGCAGGGUUUGCAGUGAACCUGGAAUACAUGGGUCUCAGUCCUAACGUGACCAUGCCGUACAAGGCAGGCUACGAAGAGGACGAAUUCCUGAAGAGCAUUGGACUGAAGAUGCAAGAUAUCGAACCCAAAGCGAACAACUGUACCGAGAUAUUGGUGUGGCACACGCAAACUAAAAACAACAAACCACCAAAGAUACGGAUUAGUAACGGCAUACUGCGGAACAAUCAAUUCAACCUGGGGGUUCUCCUCAAGAAGCUCGAAACGAUGGGCGUGAGUCAUAUCAGUCAGUCAGAAGGAACGGCAGCACAAAUCACAAAGGAUGGCAAGUCUAAGUCAUUAAUUUCAUGGUUUAGUUAAUUUCCCCUUACCUUUCACACAUAAAACGUUUCCCUACCAAAUUGUCUCGAAAAAGACUAUCUUAUUUAGCAAAUGCAGAGAAAAACUAAAAUACAUAUUGUGCCAGAUUGAUAGACAGACAAGUGAGGAAAAUGCUUAGGAUAUUGUAAAAAAACGCAUCAGUUCAUCCAACACGCACAUUGAAGUACAUAACCAUAUUAACAUUACCUUUUGUAGAACAUAACUUGAGCCUAAAAGAAGGGCGUAUCAAAACUAGUAUUGUUAAGUAAAUCAUACAAUUCGAUGCACUUUUUGAGAUUAUCACAUACAAACACGAUCUGGGAUCGGAGACGAACAUGAUAGAUUCAUUCAUGUUACUUUAAUCAUUAAGAAGUAAUAUUAGUUUUAGUUUUGAUUAUAAGAAAUAAUCAAAUAUCAAAAAUGGAGCAAGUAGCACCAACAAAUAAAAGUUUAUUAUUAUUUCGUAGACUCGCCCGUAAGAAAAGAACUUAGAUAGUAUAGAAUUUUCCGAACAGCAUAAACGAGAAUGACAAGGACAGGGAAAAACUAUGCAAAUAGUAUAAAACUCAAUAAUAUUCAGAUAAAGUACGACUCACCCAAACAAAUUUGAUGAUAGAAACACUUCCCAAACGCGUUCGCGUAGAUAUGUUUUGCAUUGAGUUUGCUGUGAUAUUAGUUUUAUUUGUAAUGAGAUCGAAAGGAGAAAAUUACAACUAAUUGAUGAAAUCAAUUGAAUUUUUGUUCAUAAAAUGCUUUUAGUUUGAUGUAGGUUGUUUAGGCUGUGAAUUGGAAUUGAGUGUUCUAAUUUUCUUUGGCAACUACGAAUGGUUAAAAGAAAUGUGCUUUAACACCCGGUUCUUUUUUCACAUAGCGUUAUUUCAAACGGUUGCAAACAUUUUAUGCACGUAGUUAUAAGUUUUACCUCCUAGUUUCUUUUUAAUUUAAAGUAUGUUUUUCAUUGUGCAAAAACAGAAUCGGGUGUAUUGUAAAUACAGUCAUUCAGUCGAUAGGCUAAAAAGGUAACCUACCUAAUAACUGGUCAAAUCAUAAAAUCAUUGGCUAUUCGAAUAUUAGCCCAAAUUUUUUGUGGUCUUGGUCUUUAAUAUUUUCGACCGUUUCGUUCUCUUCGUUGUUCGUCAAAUCAUCUGAAAUGUAUCAGUAAAAUGCACUGCCCAUAAAAUCAUCACUGUCCCAAAUGGAUUUUCGAUCCAACACCUUUUUUAUCGCAACAUUCAUAUUUCAAUAUAUACUCUACUACGCAUUUCAUAUUAACACAUAUUGCUUGAUAAUGUUGUGGAAAAAUAUAAGGUUAAUGUUAUACUAGUUUCAUAUUGAAAAAUAAAGCCAUAACAGUCUCCCUAUGAACAUUACACCGCAAGCAGUUUCAAAACGUGAAAUUCAAGUUUAUAUUUUUUGCUGAUCAAUAGUGGCAAAAUAAGUAAUCGGUAAGAUGGGUUUUAGUGACUGCAGAAAUGUUCUAGCAAAUUAUGAACAUCUGUAUGAGAAAACAAACUUAAGACUUUGAGCGUUAUUUUCUCAUUCCUACUUUUCCCACAUGGGAUAGUUAUGCUUUUAUGGGCAAUGCAGUUUUAUGCUAAAUAUGUUGACGCUAAAAGUUGAGAAAACCUCCCAUAACAAAGAACAAAGCUGUUGCUUAAAAACGCAUAUCUAGUGAAACAAGUUUCAUUGGUUUUCAUUUAAAUGAUUUGAAUAUCAAUAAAUUGAAUGUAAUCCACAACUACACUAGCGCUACGAAUGAAGUUUGACUGUUCAUUUUUACCUGAACUAUUUGCCCCCGAAUCGCAACAUGAGAGUGAAACUUUAAAACGAGACUUAAAGGUAUUGUUUAUCUGUUACCACUGGGACACUCCUUCUUAGGUAUCUAUUACAAUCUCAUAAAUGUUUGUUUGCAAGACAAUGUUCCAACAAAAAAAAAAAUAUGUGUAUUUAUCUUGCUUGCUUGUUAGAUAUCACCAUUACAAUUCUAUCACCGAUGGUCCAUACCAAUAAAGCAUUUCUAUCAAUAUGCAAUGAACCGUUGUAAUAUAUAAUCUGUGACCAAGCACUCGGCUAUCGAUUGCAAAAGACAUCAAACAGCACUAGAAUAUCACAAUUGCAAUGCCUACCAUUAGUUUGUCUUCCUUCGUUGGUUUUCCGUGUUAUAGGUUGAAAAAAUUUAAUGAGAAUAAACAACAUAUUGCGUCACUCCAGUUCAAGUUUACACAGGAAAAAGCAGCAGAAUGCGGAGUAAUAACUUUACAUUUAGAGUACCUAUAUUUAAUGCAUUCAUUCGUCUUUGAUAUUAGCUAAUGCUUCUAGGUUCGAUUAUAUUUUUUACACUAAAAGAAGGAUCUCUUUUCGCUUAGUAUUUCAAAAUGCUGUUUGCCGAAAUUGGGCUUUAAAUUAAGGAAAAUAAAUCAUUUUGAAAUAG